AUGAGCAACCCUCUCGUACGUAGCAAACUCAAGUUCUACUUGGAAGAGAUCGCGCAAGACGCUCCGUAUGAGGAUGUGUCGCAGGGACGGCAGUGGCGGGAGCUCUGCGACACCGAUCUGAGUGGCCCGAUGGCCCGUUCUGAGCCCGAGGGCGGCAAUGCGCAAGAUUUCUUUGUAUAUAAACCCGCUCUUGUCGCAUCUGACGAGGAUGGCGGAUAUUUACCUGUCAUGGUAACGCGCUGGGUCCUUUGUGGGGGGAAAUUGUGGGCAAAGACUCACAAGCUGCUCCCAAACUAUGAGCAGAAUGGCUUUUACGUCGACUGCUCAGAGUGCACGGCACUUCAGCUUAACACGUUUGUCGAAUCGUUCCCCAGCUUCGACUUACGCCAUUCACUCGACUACAACUUGCCAUCUCCGAGGAACAUCAUUGGUGUCGUGCGUGGCGACGAAUACGUCAGUGAUUGGUCAGAGCCCGUGCGUGACCCAUGGCGCGCGAAGGCCACCGGGAGGCGUGUAUAUUCCAUGCCGCUCUGGUUUUACUGCGACGAUACGUCCGGUAACGUCUCCAAGCACUGGAACAAAUACAACUUGUUCCUCUUCACACUGGCCGGGCUUCCCGCGAAGUACGCGCAACUGAUGUACAACAUUCAUUUCGUUGCAACAUUGAAUAACGCGCCUCUGCUGGAGAUGCUCGAAGAGAUCGUGAGGGCUAUGAGGGAGCUGCGCAAAGAAGGGUGGGAGGCUUGGGACUGCGUUCCUCAGGAGUUUGUUCUUAUUGUACCCUGGAUACUUGCCCUACUUGGCAAUAACCCGAUGCAGAGCAAGCUAUCGUCGCAUAUCGGGUUAUCAGGCCGGUUCUGCUGCCGUGUAUGCAAUGUGGACAAGAAUGGUGGCCGCACUGAAGAAGAACAUGUCAGCAACUUCAUACAGUGUCAGGAGCCCCGCACUCUCGACGGUACACUGAGAGCACUCGAGGAGCAGCUCGGUCACGCACUUUGCGCCGCGCCCAGCACGGCCGAGUCCGCGCAGACAAAUUCGGGCGUGAAAGACAAAUAUUUUGAUUACUUUCUUACCCAUCUGUCUGAGACCUGUGCCAACAUCAAGAAGAAGUAUGGCAUGGGCAAUAAUGGCAAAGACAAGGCGAAAGAGAUACUGGCUGAGCUACGUAAGACCAUGCCAGAUGACCUCUUCAAUCCUGGACUGGUUCGUCUUGAUCCCAACGCCAGCACACCAGUCAAAGUACUCUAUACAGUCCUGCUGGGCUUUGUGAAGUACUUUUGGUGCGACACGGUCUCGCGGCAAUCGGCGGAAGGGAAGGAGGAGCUGAAACAACGCUUAACGAGCUUGGACGUGACCAAUCUUGGUCUCUCCGCACUUUGCGGAAGCACUCUUAUCCAGUUCGCCGGCUCUUUGACGGGCGGUAAUUUCCGCGCUAUCGUACAGAUUGCUCCUGCCGUUUUGCACAGUCUGGUGCCCGAUGAGAUAUUCGCCGCCUGGGUCUCCCUCAGUGACUUGUGCACUCUCGUCUUUCGGCCCGCCAUCAACGGCAACCUCGAUGUAUACCUGGUCUGUCACCCCACAUACGAUCUUUCAUGCGAAGACUGA